CGCAGGAAGUAAUUCUAUUCCUGCACGAACCGACUCAAAGCAGUCGGAUGCUCUAAAGCUACCGUCGCCGUCAACCCUGCAGCCUUGCCCCUUUCUCAAGGUCAGGGUUUCUUUGGGACAUUAUCUCAAGCACCACCAUCCUCCGUUUCUUCUCAAAAGUCAAAUCCACCAUUUCAAGAUGGCUGAAAAAUUGGAGGACAUUCCCGAUUCUUUUCUCUGUUGCAUUUGUCUGGAUCUUCUAUACAAACCCAUAGUGCUCUGUAAGUCAUUGUUUCUGCUUGAAAAAUACAAUACUUCGAUAUGUUUCAGACUUCUUUUUCUUAAUUAUCUUUUUGUGGUUGUAGCUUGUGGUCACAUGUCCUGUUUCUGGUGCGUCCAUAAAUCCAUGAAUUGUCUACGUGAAUCCCAUUGUCCAAUUUGUAGGCAUCCAUAUAAUCACUUCCCAACCAUCUGUGAGAUGCUGCACUUCUUGCUUUUGAAGAUGUAUCCCAUUACCUAUAAGAGAAGGGAAGAACAAAUUCUGGCGGAAGAAAAAGCAAUAGGCUAUUUUUCACCACAGUUUGAUUUCAGUGCAUGUGGAUCUAAUGCCAAUCAAGAACAUAAUCCCCUCAAGGAUACUGAACAUCCAUCAAUUACUAGUUUGGAGUCCACCUCAGUCUCAGAUUCUUGCUUCAGCAGCCAACAGGUGCCAAAUGGAAAUUUCAAGAUGGUGUCGAUCACUGAUGUACAGUGCACUGCAUGCAAGCAACUGCUUUUUCGUCCAGUUGUUCUCAAUUGUGGCCAUGGGUAUUGUGAGGCUUGCAUCAUGGCUUCAGUUGACAAGGGGCUUAAAUGUCAGAUGUGUCAGUUUUUACACCCAACUACUUCUCCAAAAGUCUGUUUGGAGCUUGAUUGUUUUUUGGAGAGGCAAUUCCCUAAAGAGUAUGCCUCAAGAAGAGAUGUUGUUCAGCUCAAACAAGCAUGCAUGGAGAUUGAGAACCAGACUGACUUGCCAAAGGAAGAGCAUUUGCAGCAGGGGGCUACGCCUGCUGAGUUAAAAGUUCAUAUUAACGUUGGCUGCGAUUAUUGUGGGAUGUAUCCUAUAGUCGGGGACAGAUACCAGUGCAAAGAUUGUGUUGAAAAAAUCGGUUUUGACCUUUGUGGAGACUGUUAUAAUACUCGCUCCAAGCGUCCUGGGAGGUUCAAUCAACAGCAUACGCCGCAACACAGGCUUGAGCGUGUAAAAUCCUCCAACUUUCGUCAUGUAUUGUUGAGGCUGGUGAGUGACCAGUUUGAGGAUGUUUCUGUUGGGUUCACAGACUACGAGGAUCCUUCAGAAGUUUCAGAAAAUGAAUCCCCUACCUCCACUUUGUCUCCUGAGACUCAUGAGAGUACCAGAAAUAGUUCGGAUACUUCUGUUAUCCAAACUGAGAGUGCAGAUGAUCAAAAUGAGACCGAAUCAAGAAGUUAAAUUUCCCCAUAUGUGCAAUUGCAUUGGGCUGGUUUAUCAAAUUAUACCCGAAGAAGAAAAAGGGUUGCAUUUUUCAAUGUAUAUUUUGGUGCAUUCUGCUCUGGCUGUCUCAUAUAUUCGCAAUUCCUAUAAAUAGAGUUGAUCGAAUGUUGCUUGCUUUCUAGCUCUAACUGAAUCCUUGAUAAACAUUUCAAGUAUUGGCAUUUGCAUCGUCGUGAAUUAAAUUAGUAAACAUUCAUUCUUUAUGCAUGGUUUAUGUAUUUGGAAGACCAGGGCUUGUAGAUUUGCUAUAUAUAUUAUUGUUUUGCUUGUGUA